AUGGCCCCAGAUCUGGAAGAACUCAGAAGGCUGCAGCACACCUUGGAACAGGUCAAUAAUGGCAAAGAUUUGCUUCAAAGCCAUCAGCUUGCCAUGGAUGAAGAAAAUAAUAUUGAAAAAUAUAAUAUCAACUUACAGCCCCUGGAAUCCAAAGUGAAAAUCAUCCAGCGGGCAUGGCGCGAGUACCUGCAGCGCCCCGAGAAGCGCAGCCCCUCCCCACCAUCCCUCUCCUCAGGGAAGAUGAGCAGAUCCAUCAGCAUGAACACCUUUUCUGACACCAGCACCCCCGUGAGUACUGGGAGAGGUUUUCCCAUCCUUUCUUUUUGUUGGCUUCCUCCUGGGGACUUUGGAGAACUGCAAGCUGAACGAUGAGCUCCUGGUGAGAGAGGGAGUUGGUGGGGAGGGGGUGGGAGGUGA